AUGGAAAAUUUGUUUGACACGGAAAAUUUAAGCUUGCAGUUCACGAGAGUUUUUCAAUUAAUUGCAGGCCUGUGGAACUCCGCAACAUUAUUGGGUGACGUGCUAUGGGAAAUAAUACAAAUGACAGUGUACCUACCUAGGGCUAUCACUGGAAAGAACAAUGUCUUUCCAAUGUAUAUCUGUCUUGCUAGGCGGGUUUCUGAUGGAACUUCAAUGGAUAAUGCUGUUUAUAAAAUCGGCCGGCUUUUCAUCUUCCGAAAUUCCCCUGGAGUUGGUUUGAAUUCUGAAAUCAAAGCAAAAUUUAUACUCCCGGAAGUGAAUAGGUUAGCAAGGGAAGCUAAAUCUGGCACACUUGAUCUCUGGUUUGUCAGCACAGCCACUGCAGUGAUGUCCACACUUUUUUAUCUCACCUCCGUUGACGUCUUAAAAGACUUGUUACAUGCUUGUCUACAAUUUCAUGGGGAAUUUGUGAGAACUAGUGUGCCAACACUAAUUUGUGGUUUGCAAGGGUGA